UGCUCCGCUGCUACCCCACCAGCGAAAAGUGACGCUCAGAAACGGGCUCUCGAGAUUGAAAUAGUCGAGGGAAGCGCGCGCUCUUCUACCCCUCACUGCUAUCUCUAUCUCUCUAUCUAUUCACUGCUUUUACACUCGGACAACAAACUCCUCUUGUCUUCUAAACAAAGUCAAUUGUACACAUCUCGAAAAUGGCCUCUCACCCACCUGCAAGCUGCUGCGUUGUUGGAACCCUCCACGAGGGCGAAACCACCGGCAAGGACAUCAAGGUCGACGGCACCAUUGACGCCUACCUGGCCACGCCUCCUCCCGACAAGGUCCGCGAUGGCCAGGGCAUUCUCUUCAUCCCCGACGUCAUUGGCAUCUGGCAGAACAGCAAGCUGCUGGCCGACAACUUUGCCUCUCAGGGAUACACCGUCCUGCUGCCGGACAUCUUCAACGGCGAUGCGCUGCCGCUGAACCGCAAGGGCGACUUUGACUUUGUCAAAUGGGCCACCGAGGGCACGGGUGGCAACAACCCUCACACUCCCCCGGCCGUGGACCCCAUCAUCGUCAAGAGCAUCAAGGCUCUCCAGGACUUGGGCAUCAAGAAGAUUGGCGCUGUCGGCUACUGCUUCGGCGCCAAGUACGUUGUCCGUCACUACAAGAGCGGCAUCGAGGUCGGCUUCGUCGCUCACCCCAGCUUCGUCGAGGAGGACGAGCUCGCUGCCAUCACCGGCCCUCUGUCCAUUGCCGCAGCCCAGACUGACGCCAUCUUCCCUACUGAGAAGCGCCACAAGUCCGAGGAGAUCCUCAUCAAGACCGGCCUGCCCUUCCAGAUCAACCUGUACUCGGGCGUUUCGCACGGCUUCGCUGUCCGCUGCGACACCAGCGUCAAGAUUGAGAAGUUUUCCAAGGAGCAGGCCUUUCUCCAGGCUGUGACUUGGUUUGGCGAGCACUUGUAAGGGGGGAAAGUAGUGGGGAAAAGUUUCAAAAAGAUGUAUUUAUGAUGGCGUGUGUGCAUGAAUGAAUUCAAUAAAGAUUGCGUUGCUCCGGACUUGGACUGCGUUUACACCGUCUUGGAAUCCAUAUCCAGCUAUAACAUUUGACUGAUAAAUUACCCGGUGUUUGUGGUAGCAAUAGUUGCGAGAUAGCUUGAAGCGGUCACCAAAUCUAUUUACUUGUUGAACA